AUGUCUUUACUCUCGUGGUUAAAAAAUUCACCCCAACCUAAAACGCCCGGCUUACCAAAUCCACGUGAAAGCAAGACUGAAAUCGAGGCAGAAACGAUAGUCGCAGCAAACACGUCAGUCGACAAGCUGACGUCAGAAGAAAAUCCAAAAAAGAGAAAACGUGGUGAAUAUCAAAAUUAUGAUGAAAACGUACGGGCAAAAAUAGCUGUCUAUGCUAUUGAAAAAGGAGUCAUGAAGGCCACAAGAAAGUUUUCAACUGAACUGAACAAAAAACUCUCCGAGUCGACCGUAAGAAGCAUGAAAAAGGCUUUCUUAAAAGAGCAGACGCGCACAGGUGCUACGCCACGUCAACUGGUUAAAGCACAGCGAGGGCAAUGA